AUGGCUGAAACCCUUAUCACGCCCGCUCCAACCUCUGUGCCCCGGGAGAACACCUUCCGCAAGUACACCGCAGAGCAAGGCAAGGUCUACGCCAAGGGACGCCCGGUCUAUGACGACUGUCUCUACGAUAUAAUCAUCGACCACCACAGAUCCACUGGUGGCAAGCUUGACACCUUGCUUGACAUCGGCACUGGCCCCGGAACCGUCGCCCGUGGCCUUGGCCCGCGCUUCAAAGAGGUCAUCGGUCUCGACCCCGCUGCGGGCAUGAUUGCCGCCGCCCGGUCUUUUGGCGGCGUCUCUGGCAACUCAGAACCCAUCCGUUUCGACGUGUCUACCGCCGAAGAACUUGGCUCGAACCUGUCUCCAGCGGUCGCGGAUGGCGGCGUCGAUCUUGUCACGGCUGCAACUGCGGCUCACUGGUUUGACAUGCAAGGCUUCUGGGCCGCUGCAGCCCGUGUUCUGAAGCCCGGUGGCACCGUCGCCAUUUGGAGUGGCAGUUCUAUGUACAUCCAUCCUUCGGUGCCAAACCAUGAGCACAUCCAGGGUGUUCUAAAUGAAUUCCGAAACCAGCACUUGGUGCCUUACAUGGUUCAAGGAAACCACAUUGGCGAGACACUGUAUGAGGAUCUGCCUCUGCCCUGGACCGUGGAGAAUCCGAUACGCGAGUUCGAUCAAAGCACAUUUUAUCGCAAGGAAUGGAACAAAGAUGGAAUAGUUGACGAGGACGGGGAGUUCUUUCAUCAACUGACUUGGAACAUGGAUGAUGUGGAAAAUAUGAUGAUCACGGUGAGCCCUGUGACGCGUUGGCGUGAAGCCCACCCAGACCUGGUUGGCACGGACCGAGACGUGGUCAAGAUGCUGCGGAAGCAGAUCGAGACAUUACUGCAUGAGGCCGGUGUUGAGAAGGGCAAGGAGUCGAUUAUAACGGGAUGGUCCGGAGCCCUGCUGAUGGUGAAGAAGAUUGCCUGA